GUCAAGUUACCGAGAUAGUUGAGGAGAGUGACGUGAUUACGUAACCAGUUGCAACGGAUCUUCUUUACAGGAAACAUGUCUCUCUACAUACUCUGUGUUGUUUCUGCCAUAUGUAUGGCAGUUGAUGGACUUUGUCCAUCCGGAUGGACGCUAUUCGGAGAUUCCUGUUAUGACGUGGUCAAGGAUAAGGAGGAAUGGGCAGAGGCCAAUUAUCUGUGUGAAAUACACCAGGGAUACAUGGCUGUGAUCGAAUCUUCAGCCGAGAAUGACUUUGUAAAGGGCUUAAUCAAGACGGAAGGUGUCACUGAGGACGUAUGGAUUGGUGCCGAUGACUUGUGGGAAGAGGGGGUAUUCCGCUGGGCAGCAACAAACCAGGAGCUGAACUUUACUGACUGGAAAGCUGGAGAACCAAACAACAUCCACAACAAUGAAAACUGUGUGGAGAUUGAAUAUUAUCUUCAGGAUCAGUGGAAUGAUGACAUGUGUACGAAAAAGCAAUCUUUCAUAUGUGAAACAAGCCCUUCGAGCCGUAUCGUGGGCUGAGCCGCAACUACAGUUGGAAUAAACUGCUCAUUCAAUAAAGGUUUUGACAUGC